AUGAGAGCAACGCUAAUUCCUGUUGUGCUCGUCCUGGCCGCUGCCUGCAUCUGUGCCAAAGAGGAGCCCCCGGCCCUCCAGCUCGAGGUCCCCACCGAAACCCGGUCCCGCUUCGCCGCCCUGGACGACGUGCGUCUCCUGGCGAACGGCCUCCUCCAGCUGGGCCAGAGCCUGCGGGAGUUCGUGCAGAAGACCAAGGGGCAGAUCAACGACAUCUUCCAGAAGCUCAACAUCUUCGACCGCUCCUUCUACCAGCUGUCGGUGCUGGCCAGCGAGAUCAAGGAGGAGGAAGAGGAGCUGAAGAAGACCACCGUGGUGCUGAAGGCCAACAACGAAGAGAUCAGGGGCCUGUCCGAGGAGAUCAGCUCCAAGAUGGACAGCAUCCUGCAGGAGAAGAGCCGGCUGCAGGAAAAGGUGGAGGGCCUGGAGGAGAAGCUGAGGAGCCUGUCGCACGGCCUGGUGACGAGCGAACAGGUGGCAGAGAUCAACGGCCUUCGGGGGGUGAUCCACAGCCAGGAGCAGAGCAUCGGUGAGCUGCUGAAGGCCGUGAGGGAGCAAAGCGACCAGCUCAACCACCAGAGGUCCAAGAUCAAGAUCCUGGAGGAAAAACUUACGGCCAACGCGUUAGCCCAGGACACCAUGGAGAGGAUCCCGGAAAUCUUCAACGCCGAAGCGCCAACGCUCACCCCCUACCUGACCCCGAGCUCCACCGAUAGCGCCAGAACGAUGAAUCUGCCACCGGACUGCAGCGAGCUGUUCAACAGAGGAGAGCGAGUGAGCGGCGUCUACGCCAUCAAACCCAACGGAUCGGAACCCUUCAUGGUCUUUUGUGACAUGAGCAAAGACCACGGAGCAACGGUCAUCCAGCGAAGACGGGACGGUUCGGUGAAUUUCGAUCAAACCUGGGAGACGUAUGAAAACGGAUUCGGAGAUUUUCAUGGAGAGUUUUGGCUGGGUCUCAGGAAGAUUCACUCUCUAGCCUGUCAGGGCAACUCUGUCCUUCACAUCCAGCUGGAAGACUGGAAACAGGACAAACGCUUCAUUGAAUACAGAUUUCACCUUGAUGGUCCUCGGAACAACUACACCAUUCACCUCACGCAUCUGUCUGGAAAUCUGCCUGACUCCAUGAGCAACCACACGGGGAUGAUGUUCUCCACCAAGGACAGGGACAACAGCAACCACCAGGACUCAAACUGUGCCCACCAGCAAGCAGGUGGAUGGUGGUUCAACACCUGCGGAGACGCCAACCUGAACGGGAGAUACUUCCACAUGAGACCAAAGUGGCGCUCAGAACGCAGGAGAGGGAUCCAGUGGAAGUUGGGCCGAAAGGGCUCCUACUCCCUCAAGUUCACCCAGAUCUCUGUCCGUCCCGUGGCCUCCCCCAGCAUUGCCUCCUCUUCCUUCGAGCCAAGCGUCUUUCUCUGAUCCCGGACCGGCGUCAUCCAGUAAAAGUUCUCAGCACAAACCUGCAAUAAACUGCAGCCUCUUCAGGAAAGCCUUGGCGGUGCUUCAUGUGGGCAGCCAUGGUUUCAGGACAGGCUUUGGCAGAGAGGAGGACGUUUCCUCCGAGUGUCUCAGUAGAUUAAAAUCAGUCAUACAGGACACUAACUAAGCUUCUGAGGUCUGCUGUGUGCUAAACUCCCCGUGGCCAGGAUGUUGUGCAUGCAUGAAGGAACCUCAAAACACAUUGCAAAACGUAAUAUACACUGAAAUUCAGCUGGCUCACAUCCCGGCAUAAACUACAGCUCACAUACUUCCUGGUCAGAGAUUAUAGAGAAGAAUUCCAAUCAUAUGAGCAGCUUUCAUAUUGGGUCACAUUGACUCUCGGUGGGAUGGUUCCCAACAUUUGGGGCGGGACCCCUUGAAGGUCUAACGAGGAAGGGAAUAACAAGAUAUGACAGACAGCAGAACAUACUUGUCUACAUAACAUAGCUUUUCUUUAUUUGGUUCUUUGUCUUGAGAGAAAAAGGAAACCUGUUGAAAUUUGUCGACUCUUUUGUCCCCGAAAUAUUAUUUAAACAUAACAUAACUGCAUCUAAAAAUUACUAACUGUUCCGCUUGGUGUUGGUCGGCAACUGCAAAGUCUACCUGAAGCACUGUGAUUUGAAACAUAGAAAUAAUUAAUACAUGCAUAAACCAACACAGAGUCUUAAUCAGUGUGUAUGGUGCAAAGAAAACAGAAAACAAGCAGCCAUGUGGCACAAGUCACCUGAUAUUUAAAAUCUGCCACCUAGACAUACAACACUUGAAAAACAAAUUAAAAGAAAAAGUGGCAUCUUCUAUAUUUAUAUUUGUGGUGGAAGACAGCCAAAAAAAAGGCUUUAAAGACAACAAAUUACACAUCGUUAGCCCAAGAACCAAUUCAUUAUUCAAGACGGCAUCUGAAAACAGAAUUUUUUUGGCAUAAUUGGUUUAAAAGUUAAUUAAUAUAGUUAAUCAAAUAGUAUGAUAGUUACUGAUUCAUAUUGUGUUUGUUCAUUUCACUCUGAAAUGUGGCAAAAGGCCCCACAUGCACAUUUCUUCAUGUUGUUGUGGUCUAAAGGUAGCGACAGUUGGUAUGGAUCGUACUCAUUCUCAGUUUGUAUAUAUUUACUGUAUUUUAUGUAACUGACUGCAAAUAAUUUCAUUUCUGCGUCGAUUUCCCAACGAGAAGAACUUACUGUAUGUCUCUUUUGUACUUUGUUAUUUUGGGUUCUACUUGUUGCUGGCUUGUGGUUCUGAUCAGACAAAAUCAAGCAGAGUUGUGUCAUCCUGAAACCACUUUAUUGUGAUGCCAAACUAAAUGAAUGACUGAUGCAUGCUGUUGCCACACACUAAAACUCUCUGAAUGUUGCACUGUGAGGGUGUUUGCGCCAAACUCUUUUGUACUGUGUCGCUUAAUAAACUCUAGAGGGCAGCGUUGCACCGUCUCGUGCGGCCCUCUUCCUCUGUGACU